AUGGGCACAGGGGCAAGUGCGUAUUUGGCUGACGAUGCGACGCUGCUAAGCUACAUCUCUGAAGAUGUAGAGCGGGCUGAACGGCUGGUAGCAGAGGCAAAGCGUUCAGCUGCGCCAGUGCCGCAUACAGGAACUUUGCUGAUGAUUUCAGGAAUGGACGGAACAAACUUUCAGCUCAAAGUCGAUGAGGCUGCAACCGUCCAGGAUGUGUCCAGAAUCAUCGCGGCACGAACUCGACUGGAAGUCGGCAAGAUGCUCAAGCUGACAUCCGGCGGUCGUGUUCUUGACGAGUCCCAGGUCCUGUUGCCACAAGUUUGUAACGCAGAGGUCAGUUAUGUUGUCCAGAAAAUCGGCGCAGGCCAUGCAACAGUGAGCUUACUGCGAGUGCUCCGGCUGGCAGGAGGGACAGUUGGCCAUUCCCUGAGUGCGGCAGAUUUGAUGCUCACGGAUGCCAUCGAGGAAUUGGAGGUUUAUUGUGUGGACCUGCAAGGCGCCACGCUACCAAGCUGCUUGCACUCCCUGACUCUGCCCAGUUUCAACCAGAAGCUGGAAGGCAUCAGGCUACCAAACAGCUUGCAAAAUCUGAUGUUUGGGAGCAGCUUCAACCAGAGCUUGAAAGGUGUCACAUGGCCUAGCAACUUGAAAACCUUAAUAUUUGGUACCAGUUUCAAUCGGAGCUUGGCAGCUGUCCAGCUGCCUAACAGCCUCCAGACGUUGACCCUCGGCACCAAUUUCAAUCAAGAUCUCGAAGGUGUCGAGCUGCCGAGAAGCCUGCACACGCUGGCUUUUCGUUCAAGCUUCAAGCAAAGCUUGGACGAAGUGGUAUUUCCGGACAGCCUGCGCGUGCUCACUGGUGCUAACUUUGACCAAGAGUUUCCGCUCAAAGGGGGCUUAGAGACGUUGUCCUUUGCAGAUGGGUUCAAUCGUCAGCUGAAGGCAGUCGAACUGCCAAGCAGCUUGCAAAGUUUGACCUUUGGAGACAGCUUCAACCAGAGCAUGGUGGGAGUGGUGCUGCCAAGCAGCUUACACACGCUGGUCUUCGGUCAUAGUUUCAACCAAAGCUUGAAAGACGUCAAUCUGCCAGAAAACCUGCUGCAUCUGACCUUCGGCACGAGCUUCAGCCAGAGUUUGGAACACGUGAAGCUGCCACGCAACCUGCAAACGUUGGUCUUCGGUUAUAGCUUCAACCAAAGCUUGAAAGACGUCAAUCUGCCGGAAAACCUGCUGAGGCUGACCUUCGGUUCGAACUUCAACCAGAGCUUGGAAGGUGUCAAGCUGCCAGACAGCUUGGGAACUAUUGAAUUCGGUCACCACUUCAAGCAACGAUUGACGCUCGUGGCGUGGCCACAGGAUUUGCAGACGUUGAUUCUCAACAUAAACUCACUCGAUUGCAUGCAAGGCCUCGCCGCGAUGCCUGGCAGCCUGCAAAAGCUAACAUUCGGGUACUCAUUCAACGACAACCUGCAUCUAGUCCCUCUGCCAGGUGCGCUGCGCCAUUUGGAGCUGGGCACUAGUUUCAAUCAAAGCCUGGACGAUGUCAGGUUGCCGAGUGCCUUGGACACCCUGAUUUUCGGUUAUUAUUUCAACAAAAGUUUGGGCGAGAUCAAGUUGCCCAGCGGCAUGCAAAAGCUGACAUUUGGUUACAGCUUCAACCAAAGCUUGGAUCAUGUCGGGAUCCCGAGCAGUUUGAAGGCAAUUGUAUUUGGUGCCAGUUUCAAUCAGAAGCUGCAAGGUGUCGAACUGCCAAGCAGCCUGCAAAGUUUGACCUUUGGAGACAGCUUCAACCAGAGCAUGGUGGGAGUGGUGCUGCCAAGCAGCUUACACACGCUGGUCUUCGGUCAUAGUUUCAACCAAAGCUUGAAAGACGUCAAUCUGCCAGAAAACCUGCUGCAUCUGACCUUCGGCAACAACUUCAGCCAGAAUUUGGAACAUGUGAAGCUGCCAAGCAGCUUGCGCACCUUGGUCCUCGGAAACAGUUACAGGCAUAGCCUCGAGGUUUUCCGGCUGCUAAGCAGCUUGGUGAACCUGCAGCAAUGGCAAUUUGGUGUGCAUGUCCAGAAGCCCUGUGAAUAG